AUGGCUUUUUGGGGAGUUGAAGUGAAACCUGGGAGGCCCUUCACUCAUACGUCUGAUGGUGGGAAUAGAAGGCUACACGUUUCGCAGGCCUCUUUGGGGAAUGGUACUGCUACCAAUAAGAGCAUACUUCAGUGUAAUGUUGGAAACAAGAGUCCUAUCUGUCUGUGUACAUUGUUCCCUAAUAACUCUGAGGUGUGCCAAAUACAUGUUGAGUAUCAGGAGACCGACGAUGUUGUGUUCUCUGUUAUUGGUCCUCGUAGUGUUCACCUUAGUGGUUACUAUAAGGACUAUGGUGGGAAUCACAAGGCUGGUGAUGACUCAGUUUCUUAUGGUGAAGAUAUUGGAGAUUCAGAUACAGACAGGUCUGUCCAUGACAGUGAAGAAGAUGGCCAGGAGAAUAGUUUUAUCAAUGAUGGUGAUCCAGGAACCAUGUCUGCUUCUCUUGUUUCUGGUGAUGGAGUCAAAGAGGUAAAUGCAAAGCCUGUGAACCAGAAGUGCCGCUAUAAACGUCUAAGGAAGACAUACAAGUUAACUGACUCAGAUGAUGACAACUCUUCUGAUCAUCAGGCCAAGGGAUUUGGUUAUAAUGUUGAUGCUGGAGUGGAUAGCGAAGAAGAUGAUGGUUUGUUCCUUAUUUCAUCUCUACAUAAGAAGAAGCCUUCUGCCAGAGUUCAUAAUGAGACUGAUUUACCAUCAAAUAACUUGACUUUGGUGGAACAGCCAAGUGCCAUUGUAGAUGGUAAUCAGCAAAGGCACCGGGAUGAGCUCAAGAGCCAAAUGAAAGAUAAGGGUAAAUUGAAGAACCUACAUGAAGCUGAUGGUCCAGAUGAUUUUUUCUCGGUAAGCAUCCUUAAGUGGCCAAAUCGUAAGGACAAUGAGAAAAAGAAUGACAAGGUUGGUGAUCAUGUGUCUCUGUUGAAGGAAGUAGAUAAGGACGCUGCAUAUUUUGGGUCUCCUCCCAAGCAGACAGAUCUUCAAAAAAGUGAAAAGAGAAAGAGAAAACGGAAAGUACUAGUCGACGGGUAUGCCUCUCAGGAAAAGUGUGACAAUAGCUUCUCUAUCAAAGAGGACGGAGAGAAUCAUGGAUCGACACCCACUGUUUUGUAUAAUGAUUUUUCUUCACCGGCUGAGUAUGACAAAGACAAUUCUUCUUCCCUGAUAUCUAUCUGUUUGGCUGAUCAGGUUGUUGCUGAGACUGAUCAAGAGGGUAAGAAACGAAAGAAACGUAAAAUUGACAAGCUUGGCAAGGCCUUGAAUGCUGGAGCUUCUGUGCCAUCCAAGGCCGAGGAAAAUGAACAUGCUAACAUUGAGGAUGAUGCUGUUGAGAUCAAAUCAUCUCAGGAGUUGGGCAGUCAAUCUGUUGAUGAUACUGAAGAAGGAAAGGAAAAGAGAAUUAAUAGGCAGAAGCUAAGGAAGCGUUUGAAUGCUGAAACACCUGCUGCACCAAAGGGCGAGGACAAUCAACCUGCCAAAAUUGACGAAGGUUUUGCUAAGACCAAGUUAUCUCAGGUCCAGACAUUUGCAGGGGGAUUACUUGUAGAGGAGCUAGAACCAGGGAAAACGGAAGGAAGAUUGGCUGCUCUGGGCAGGAAGAUCAGUGUAUCUUAUACUGGCAAGUGGAAGAAUACUGGAGAAGUUUUGAAUUCGAACAUUGAUGGGCGUCCACUGAAGUUUGUGCUAGGUGGGGAAGAGGUUACAGAGGCUUGGAAUGUUGGUCUGAAUGGUAUGCGGGUUGGUGAGUUGAGGCGGCUGACAUUCCCUGCUCCCUCAUGCACAAGAAGCAGCAGCACUAGGCAUGGAAAUGGGAGUGAAGGAGUAGAUGGCGGGGAGGUGAUUACAACCACAGUACCACCACUCCCACUGGAUUGUGAUGUUGAUGAUAAGAGCGAGGGAGCAGAGAAAUGGCUAGUGUACGACGUCAAGCUGCUUAAAGUCCGCAAGAAUUUAGAAUGA